CAAACUCAUCUACAUCUUGGAUGGCCGGAGGGAGUUUCCUCAGGUUAUGGUUUCAUUCUCAGCUGUCUAAUGGAUCUAGUGCAGUUUUAUCACCCGGAAUCUUUUUCCUUCCCUUCUGAACAGAACAACUUUCUGGACAUGAUGUCAAUCGACGGCCACUGUCCUGCCUACAUCAAGACCGAACCGUCGAGCCCUUCUUCCCUGUCGGACAGUCUGACCCAGCACAGUCCCGGGGCGUCGUCGGAUGCUGGGAGCAGCUACAGUUCAGUAACUAAAGGGAAGCCAACAGGUCUGGACUCUCCCGCUUCAUACACUGCGGCUGAGGCGGCUCUUAGGCCUCCCGGCGCCCCCUGCAGGCUGCUGGAGGAAACACAGGUGAAGGGUGGAUACGGGCUGAGCUCGGGCCCCAAACGCUUGUGUCUGGUGUGUGGAGACGUUGGGUCUGGUUUUCACUAUGGAGUGGCUUCAUGCGAGGCCUGCAAAGCGUUUUUCAAACGUACCAUUCAAGGUAAUAUCGAGUACAGUUGUUCGGUCAGCAGAGACUGUGAGAUCACUAAAAGGAGGAGAAAGUCCUGUCAGGCCUGCCGCUUCACUAAGUGUCUGUCUGUGGGAAUGCUGCGAGAAGGUGUGCGUUUGGACCGGGUGCGAGGAGGACGGCAGAAAUAUAAGAGGAGAAUCGACUCUGAUUCCAGCAUCUACUGCAGUGUCCAGCAACCUCACAGAAAGCAUUCACCCUGCAGCGCUCAGGGGGAGAAUAAGGUGGUGGCCCUGCUGUUGGGGGCGGAGCCAGAGAAGGUGUGUGCCAUGCCUGACCCCGCCCUCCCCGACAGUGACAUCAAAACCCUGACGACCCUGUGUGACCUCGCCGACAGAGAGCUCGUGCUGAACAUCAGCUGGGUCAAACACAUACCAGGUUUCUCCAGCCUCUGUCUGUCCGAUCAGAUGAGUCUCCUGCAGAGUGCUUGGAUGGAGAUCCUAAUCCUGCAUGUGGCUUUCCGCUCGCUGCUCUGCGAGGACAAGCUGGUGUUUGCAGAGGAUUACAUCAUGGAUGCUGAACAGGCCAAAUCAGCAGGUCUUCUGGAGCUCCACAAAGCCAUAUUACAGCUGGUGCGCAGGUACAGAUCCAUGAAGCUGGAGAGAGAAGAGUUUGUAACUCUGAAAGCCAUCGCUCUCGCCAACUCAGACUCGAUGCAUAUAGAGGAUGUGGAGGCCGUUCAGGGUCUGCAGGACUCUCUCCAUGAAGCCCUUCUGGAUUAUGAGUGUGUCCAUCACAGGGAAGACCCUCGACGGACAGGGAAACUCAUCAUGACCCUUCCGCUCCUCCGCCAGACCUCCGCCAAAGCCGUACAGCACUUCUGCAGCAUCAAGCAGGACGGACGCGUCCCCAUGCACAAACUCUUCCUGGAACUUCUGGAGGCCAAUGUCUGAUCCUUAACCUGAUUGGACCGUCAACCAGAGGUGACACGCCCCUCCUGCACACGAUUGGAUGAAGGGUUAUUCACACAUCCAGGGGAAACAACAGACACUUGCCAGGACAUAUAACAAUAAUACAGGAUAUACUCAAGACAAAUACAGUUUCAUAUAGUUGAGGAUAAGAUAACUGUAAAAAAAAAGAAGAAGUAUCAA